CACGCGCCUCCAUCUCUGUCCAAUUUCCUCGCCGCUACGCGGGGUUAAGAAUUAAAACGCUUCCAUCCUUUAAAUCUUUUUCCCCUUUCCUAUUCAUUCACCCUCUUCUCUUUCUCCAUUCUCCAAUCGCCAUUGAUUCUCUCCUUCUCGGACUAGCCGGAGUUGAAACAAAAUUUUCUACGACCUCUGCCGAUUUCCGUUCGACCUAUCGUUUCCAGUUGAUUCUUGUACAGAUAUCAUGGCAUUUGAACAAGGCUUUCGUGAGCCCAUUAUGCAUUCAGGAAGUGAUGGAGAUGUUUCCCUUAAACUAAAGAAGGAUGCAACUUCUGUUCCAAAAAUGGUCUCAGAAGAUGUUAAGAGCUAUUUUGAUUGCAACAUUUGUCUAGAUCCUGCCCAUGAUCCUGUGGUUACUUUUUGUGGUCACUUGUACUGCUGGCCUUGCAUUUACAAAUGGCUCGAGGUCCAGAGCUCCUCCUCAGAAUCUGCGGAGCAACCUAAAUGUCCUGUUUGUAAGGCAUGUAUCUCAAAAUCCACCUUUGUCCCCCUUUAUGGCCAUGAUUUAUCAUCAUCAGACUCCGAUUCCAAGAAGUUUCAGCUAGACUUGCCCAUUCCUCAAAGGCCACCAGCUCUUGGUGUGGACAUGCUGCUAAACACUUCAGCUCCGAACUCAAUCCUAAAUCCACAACUUCAGCCCAACCAUUUUCAUCCUCGGCCACCACCAUCAUUGUACCAUCAGCAAUACUUCCCCCAUACCUUUGGCAGCUAUGCUUCAACGGCACCUGGUUUUUUCAGCCCCACCAUUGGGAUGUUUGGAGAAAUGUUUUCUGCAAGGACGUCUGGAAGCAUGGACACAACUUUAUUUGCUUAUCCAAAUUCCAAUGGUACCACCCCUAGAAUGAGGAGGCAAGAAAUGCAGGUGGACAAGUCUCUGAACAGAUUGUACAUCUUUCUCCUCUGCUGCCUUCUCGUAUGCCUUCUCCUAUUCUAAGUUCUUUCCCUUGUACAGUCGUUCCACUAUAAAUUCCAUAUCUGAGCUUGCCAACAGUUGCAGCGUAGAUAUUACUGAAAUAUAUAUAUGUAGCUUAGCUUUCCAGGAGAGAUUACAGUGAACAAAGACAUUGUUCAAGAAAAAGGUUGCUUUUUCUUCUGUGAUCUGAUUUCGAUUGUUUGACGUCUUACAUUCAGACACUUUUAUCAACGUCAAAGCUUGUAAAUAGUUGUUUGCUCUCAAAUUCUCUGUGACGCCCAGUUAUAUGGGUGGUUAUGUGUAAUAUAUUAUAUUAUAUUAUAUUUAUAAAUAUACAUUUUUUUU